AUGAGCUCCCGAUCAACUCCACGACGGAGAAAAGUCGUCUCGACGUCCCACGCGCUCGACCUUCUAAACAACUUAAACGCCAACAGCGUCCCCCGCGAGCCAAAGUCCAGCGCCGCCCCUACCCGCGCCCGCUCGUCUCAUCGCCGCAAGAUCGACGACGUACCGCUUCCCCAGAGCGAUGAUAUCUGGGAAGUCCCCAAUGACACAAAUAGUGGCCGAUCUGGACGCGUCCCUUCGUCGGAGCCCUUGACUCCCCGCCGAUCGUCGACUCGGUUGCGGGCGAAAUUGGCUAUUAAAACUACUUCCUCUCGGAAGGCAUCGCGUCGCGCGAAGUUGACGUCUAGUGGGAAAGAGGGGCGGGGGGAGUCGGGUCCCGAACCUGAACGUCAGUCUGGAGGGGACUCUGAGAACCAUUCUGAAAAAGAAGCGGAAGGGGAAUACACCGGUCCGGUUGAGGAAGACCAGCGGAGUGGUGAAAGUGACGCGAGCUAUGUGGAUGUUGUAGAGGAUCACGGAGACAGUGGGUUUCCCCAGCCUGUGCUCGAUUCGCCUCAUAACGUCCCUCAGUCAAACCGACUGUCUCCUUUUGAUAUUCAGGAACGGGUGUCAGAUCUAAGAUCAGCUCUACACAGAGGAGCAGAUGAGAGUGGUGAUAGAUCGAGAGAUGAAUCGCAGCAUGAGCGUGAAAGUGAAUAUGAAACACCGCGCGAUCGCUCACCAGAGCAACCAGAUGAGCAACGCCCUGGUUCUGAUGAUGCUGUCAGUGCACAUGAACACCAGAGACGCUCUCCCGCCGUCGUUGUCGUAAACCCUGUUACGGAGGUCAGGAGCUCUGUGGGCAGGGCAGAAUCGCCAGCCCGUUCGCCAGAGUCCGCCAGCGGGGAUACUCUACCGGAGGACAUUUCAGAACAUUCGCAUGUGCAAGCAGAAUCAGAGGGCUUGGUUGAUGAAGUAGAGCCCGAUGAGGCGGAGGAUGAGAGCGACCGAGAAGGCCACACAAACAUCGCCGUCGGGGACAAGUCUUCGGUUCGUGUUCCAACGGAUGACGAGGGCAGCGUGAGAGAUCGCCCCAUACGAUCCGGGUUAUUUAGGUACGAAAGCGAUUCAGAGGACCCGUCCACGCCGCCAAGCAAGAGACGUCAAACCUCGAAUCAACAUCCAGUCUCAGAACAUCAAGGACGGAGUCGUAGACGAAGCAUUGAGACGCCUCGAGCUGUCACCUCGGACUCUCACCAAGGCCAGGCCGAGCCUCUACAACCCCGUCACAGUCCAAACUGCAUCGAGCAACAUGCUGAGGACAUGUCCGAGGAUUAUACGGAGGAUGAUUUCGACGAGGAGGAGACAUGGUUGCACCAGGCGCUCAAAAUGGCUGGCCAGAAGAACAACUGGGACACUCUGAUGGUUCAAGCUCACCACGUGAAGAAAACAGACAACCCUUCUAUGGCAGAAUACUUUGACGAUUUUGAGGAUCUAACUUCCACAUUACAAAAGAAAUAUAUGGAGAUUCUCCUGAGCGCAAUUCGCAGUGAUGGGACCUCUUCGGUGGACUAUAUCGUCGAACAUAAAGACGACGACCCAGAACCAGGCCGACCCAGUAGCGAAGAGACGCUGGACGAAUUCGAAGCCUGUCUAGUAUCGGGAAUGAUGGGUGUAUUGCUCGGCUGUUUCGAAGCUUACUGCAAGGAAGACGGGCUCUUUCCCAAAGCCUACGAACACCUGCACCGGGUGCUAGAUGUGUUUUUACGAUUAUGCUACAAGAUCUACUGUGUAGUAGAUGCGGGCUACGUGGACUCCGAGAACCGUAGCCAUAGUCUGCAGCUCCCGCUCAAGAAACUCAUCAUUGCGCUAGAGAAGGACUUAUUUAAGGGCAGCGCGCCGCAACCGGAGCCUGUACCAGCCAUGUCCAUCAAGCAUGGGAGGAAAUGGACCGAUGACGAGGGGUGUGCUCUUUUAGAUGGAUUGCAGCGUUACCAGGGUCGGGACCGCUACGCUCGAAUAUUAAAACAUUUCGGGGAUCGGCUCCGCGGGCGGACGAUCCGGGGUACGCGCGAAAAAGCGAGACAGUUGCAUGACAAGCUUCUGUCAACGGUGGUCAACCCGGAGGUCCUCCAGACGGAGGAAGGACGGCAACAGUGGUACUGGCUGCUGAGUGUGCGAGAGGAGUGA